GGGGAAGAUCACGGGCACCGUGACAAAGACUGAGUGCGGCAACGUCGUGCCGAUCUUGGUCACCGUCCGUCUGGGCCAGCGCCAGCUCGUGGCUCAUCCUCGCGAGUCGGCGGCGGCCGGCACGGACCACGGCCAAGAUCGGCGUCGACGAGAGCCCGCGACAUCUUGGCCAUGGUCAGCGUGUUUCUCUCCUCGACGAGGCGCUGGAAGGAGGACCCCUCUCGGCUCAGGAGGGGAUCUGGCUCUCGGGCCGGCCGCCCACUCAGGGCCGGGCAGAGGCACGACGAGGAACCUUGUGGCCAAGGCGCGGCGGGCGGGGCACGCGCGGGCUCGGCGCGCGGCAUCGCGGCGCACUGGCGCGGCCAGAGGGUGCUGUAUUCGGCCAUGGUGCUGCUGGAGCGGCUCGAGCUGCGAACCCGCCCGGUGAAGGACUUCGGGGUCGCCGUGACCUUCCGCGACGCGCUCCUUGAGGCCAAGCUCCGCUUCAUGGAGGGGCUGCGAGAGCUGCGGGGGGCAAAGGGGGGCGCGUCUGCAGGCGACCAGGGCGCCGCUUGGCCCGAGGGCGAGAAGCUCGUGCCGCAGCAGCCGCCCUGGCAGGGGCAGCUGAGCGCCGAGGAGCUGGGGGACAUGCUCUCCGCCGCCGUGGGCGCCGCCCUGAAGCGGAGGCGCCUGGAGCCCAACAGGGACAUGGGCCUCUACCUUCGCGUCAACAUGCCCGCCAAGCAGUGGAUCGGCUCGGCCCUGUGCGGCCCCGUCUUUCACCUCGGAGGGGCCUCCAUGGCGCUCGGGAUGCGCAGCUGGAAGCUGCUCUGCGAGGCGCGAGGCUCCGAGCCCGCUCUUGCGACGGCCGAGGGCGCGUGCGCCGCGUGGCGGCAGGUGCGCAGCGCGCACCUGACCGCGUGGAGCCUGACCGGCCGAGACUGCGCCCACUUGGCCAGACGGCUGGACGAGCUGGAACAGCGGCGCCGGACCCAGGCCGCCGCCGGCCGGCUCCGGCGCGCGGCGCGCGCCCGCGACCGUGGCGCCAGGCUGACGGCCGUGGAGGCGGCCAGAGCGGCCAGGGCUGCGGCGAGGUCGCUGCGGGCCGCCGGCCGCGCGGAGGCAGCGAUCGGCCGCCUGCUGGACACGUGGGCGAAGCGGCUCCGAGCGGUUGCCGGGCGUGCGCGCUGCGGCGCGGGCAAGCGUUGCCGUGCCCCUGUCGCCGGCCCCCGCGCUCGUCCUCAGGCCAGGGGCCGCGCUGGCUGCCGGCAGCCAGGGGCCCGACGCGUCGAGAGCGCAGCCUCCGAUCAGCGCGCGCGCGCCAGGGCGAUCUGACGGCUCUCCCGGGGCGGCGGCGCGUCCUGGCGCACACGGCGCGGCGCCCCAGCAUCCGAGGCUGUCAUUCUCCACGUUCUCCCGGGCGUGCAAGGCAACCUCCCUGCCACUCUUCCGCACUUUCGUUGGCCCAGGGCCCUGGGUCGCGGCACGCGCAGAAGCGGGCCAGCAGACUCUGCUCGCUGAGAUGUAUUGCUUCAGUAUGGUUUUGAUCUCAUGACGUUCUAGCGCAGUGGGGCACCGUAGCCUUCUCCAAAAUUUGCAUCGUCAGCGUUCGGUCUCUUCGUCGCCGUCUCAACCGUCUGCUGAGCCACCACCUGAAGCACCUUCACAAGCCCCAUCACCUUUCGCACCGUGAUGCCUCGA